AGGGGUCGGCGUUUUCCAUGAGCUGGGGUUGCACUUGAGAGUGUGACAGCGAGUGAGAGAAUAAAGUGAAAUGCAGAGUGAAGAGCUAUUCAAAUGCUAUUUUUAUGCCUACUCCAGGCAGCUCUCUGUUUAAGACAGGGGUUUGUUCCCAAAGCGGCUUUUCCUCCUGGGAUUCUGUGAGGAACCGUGUGAUGCAGGUUCCAGAGGGUAGAUUUACAGCAAGUUCUGCUGCUGUAACUCCACAGUGACUUCUCUGCCAGUCAGUGGGCCGUGACUUGAGUCAUCUCCAAAAGAUCUGGAUCUCAGCCCUAGGAGAAGUAGCUGCCUCUUAUCUCUGCUAUUCUUAUGAAUCGUUGUUCUUGGGAAGAAUCCACUCUGACUCUCUCAGCCAUGACACUGGGAAUCCUCCUGGCCCCCAACUUGGGUCCCUUUUCACUUCUUAGUGCUUGAAUGCUACACAGAAGACAAUGAAAAUUCUGACUCAGGAAAAAAGCACUCAAUCUUCAAGCAAGGACAUCAUCCUGCACAUUCCCUGCAUCUUCCUAGGAGCCUUCUCUCCACAUUUGACUUCAUUUUGGGUGGUGACUGGCCAUGUCAUCCUCACGUUUGGAGAUGCCAUACUUGGGCAAUAUUUGAGCCAUUGGCAGGAUGUUACCCUGUGAGUUGCUAUGAAAAGAGGAAACAAGACUUUGAGGACUUUACAGAGGAAAGAUAGAAAGAACAAGAAGAGCUGAGAGGUAUCCUGAGAUGAGAAUUACUGGAUCAUAAUUGCUCCAAGGGUGUGUUGAAACUUCUCCACUGGACACUUGAACUUCUACAAAAGUCAUCUCAUCCAUGGGUCUUGAUCACACACCAGAUGUCUAGUAAACAACUCCAGGCUUCCACAGACCUAUUCAUCAGACCGUUCAGGUGGCACAUGAUUGUGAUUGUGGGAUCAGUCAUUGCAAUUUGUAUCUUGUACAUCAGAGUUUCCUGGCCUAACAGCAUGGUCCCUCUGCCCCCACAGCCCCGCCCCGCCUGCAAGUCCUCUGGCUCUCUCCCCAAGGAGCUCUCGGACCUGACCCAUCUUCUGCACUGGCCUCCCACCCCAGGAGAUGCGGGGGACCUUUUGGCCUCCACCAGUCCCCAGACUUCCACCUACCACCUGAGGGAUCGUUCCCAGGCCAGCUACACCCUGGGAGGCUCCCUAGAGGCCAUCCUUGUCGCCAGAGACCACCGGGGCAGGCCCAAGACCUGUGGUGGAGAUCUGUUUCGGGCACAGCUGCUGGGUCCCCACCUGAAGGCAGGAGUCCCUGGGGAUAUCCAGGAUCUGGAGAAUGGCACCUACCUGUUGUCCUUCCCUCUGCUGUGGGCUGGGCAGGCCCAGGUGCGAGUGCAGCUGAUCCACUCCAGCGAGGCAGUUAGGGUCCUGCGGGGAAUCUGGAGAGACCAAUGGGCCACAGUUGAUUUCAUGGGCUAUUUCCGAGGACCCACAGGAUAUGAAGAAAUUGUGACUUGCAAUGUUAACCCCCUGCUAACUGGGGAGGAAGAGUCUACCUGUCACUACAAGGAUGAAGAUUCUGGUGAGCUCUGGUUCUGUGCUCGACCCCCAACCCUGCCCUGCAACUCACUGGUAGGGCAUUCAAGUGGACAUUACUGGAAUGUGACCACACCACACGAGGAGGCCCUGCUGGCAUGGAACGUGACAGACAAGGUCCUCCCUCAGGGUAUUUCUCCAAUCUGGGUGGCCAAGGAGAGCAACAAGAGUCUGGUUCUGUCCCCUCGACAACCAUGCCACCCUGGGAUCCCAGGCCCAAAGCCCUCUGGCUUCUACCACCAAGAUGUGUGGCACUCACUGUCCUGCUCCGGACGCUCCUUCUCCACUGUUGACAGCAUCCUGGGCUGCCUGGCUGGUCACGUCGUCCACAUGAUGGGGGACUCCACACUUCGGCAGUGGUGGGAGUACCUGCGCGACACUGUGCCCUCCCUGAAGCCUAUGGAUCUACACACCACAUAUCAGACGGGGCCCCUGAUGGCGGUGGAGACCGCUCGGGGCAUAGUGCUGCACUGGCGGGCCCACAGCUGGCCCCUGCGCUCCCUGCACACACCAGUGGCCUCCCUGCACUCUGUGGUCCGGGAACUGGGGGGCCUGGCCGGGGGCCCCCACACAGUGGUGGUGCUGGGUCUGGGAGCCCACUUCACCACCUUUCCCCCAUCUGUCUUUGUGCAACGACUCGCAGGGAUCAGGGCAGCCGUGGCUGCGCUGCUGGCCCGCGAGCCCCGCACUCUUGUGGUCAUCAAGCUGGCCAAUACCGGCUACAAGUCUGUGUAUGGCAGUGACUGGUUCACCCUCCAAGUGAACCGGCUUCUCCGAGCCGCCUUUGCUGACCUCCGUGUGGCCUUUGUGGACGCCUGGGAAAUGACCUCCAGUCUGGCUCUGCCCGACAGGAUCCACCCAGGGCGGCUUAUUGUCCGCAAUGAGGUCAACUUCCUCCUGUCCUUCAUUUGCCCCAUUUGAGCGCUUCUGCGGGUCCUGGGCUGUGUGGAUGGAGGCGCUGGUGUGAGGAUCAAGCCUGGAAGCCCUUCCCCUCAGCUGUCUGUACCUCUUCUCUUAACUGUUUGUUUGUUUGUUUGUUUGUUUGUUUGUUUGUUUGUUUUGGAUGAGGGAAAAAAAGAUUUUUUAUUGUAUUUUAAUUCAAACUUAUUGGGUUCCUGGUGAGUUUUAAAUUUAAAAUACUUUAUUAGCCAAU